CUUGCUUAAGCACCUACUUAUUAAUGUGAAUUGGUCCAAUUGGAUCCAUAGCAACGGAGGUACCGCUCCUACACGUGUAUGUAGGUCGUGAUAUAUCGGAUAUGGAUAUAAUACUGAUAAACCAGUAUACUUGCUACAUGCAUUCUCCAAUAUUCAUUAUGUAUUUAUAACAAACAACACUCAUCUGGCCGUAACAACUGUCCGCCUCUCCUAGACCGGGCACCAUCAAACAACCGGGCGCGCUGGAAUGGUUAGACUGCUCCGGAGUUCAAGAGGGCGCUUGGCUCAAUUUAUCCCUCGCAGAGACACAAAGCCACGAAACUUCCCAAUCUUCGAAGUUGGUUCAAGCCAAGAUGCAUCCGAUCGUCAGCGUAAGUACGCCGGCAACGAUGGUGCCGGCGAAAGCGCCUGGAAGAGUUCCCUGUCCAAGAUGCUAGAGGGUGCCGCAACCGCCCUCGGUUCCAUUGGAAUCCUUGGGCUAGCGGGCUAUUCCUACCACUGGUAUUACAAGUCGCUUGUCUUGAGCAAGAUGGAAAACGCCUUCGCUCCUGGGUUCUCAUCUCUCGAGCGGGCUGCCCUGAGCCGACAGGAUGCCGACAGCCCGACUCAGGACGAUGACUGGAUACCGAGGGCGGAGCAGGUCACCAUCAACGGCAUUGUCGAUGGGACUAUCCAAGGCCACUACUACUUGGUGACUGGCGAGAAGGGGACCGGAAAGACGUCCAUGAUACUCAAAGCCAUGAGCCGGAUUGAGGGGGAGGGCAUCGCCAUGCUAGAGGCGCAUAGCAACCUGGAGAUCUUCCGCAUACGGUUGGGGAAGGCACUUGACUAUGAAUUUCACGAAGACUACAUCGGUGGAUUAUUCAGUUUCAAGGGCCCUCGAGAUACGACGCCCCUCCUCGAUAUCGAACGCGCAUUCAACCAGAUGGAGAAGAUUGCACUAAAACGCCAAGAAGAGUCCGGAAGACCCCUAGUUCUGAUCAUCAACGGCACCCAUUUCCUCCGCGACGACGAAGACGGGCAGCAUCUCCUCGAACUACUUCAGCAGCGGGCUGAGCUCUGGGCCACUAGCCGACUCGUCACCGUCAUCCUCAACAGCGACGAACACUGGACUACCGAACGCCUGCUAAGACAGGCGACUCGCUUGCAAGUGAUUCCCGUGCGCGACAUCGAAAAGAAGAUCGCCAUCGAGUCAGUCAAGAACUUCCGCGCCAAAGCCUUCCACGAAGCCGUCCCUACCUCGGUCCUCGAAGAGGUCUAUAGUAAGAUCGGCGGGCGCCUCCGCUUCCUCAGCCACGUCGCCAAGUCGCGCGACAUGCUGAGCGCGUGCGAGACGAUCUGCGAAAAAGAAAGACUCUGGCUGCUGGACCAGUGCUGGAUCCUCGGCGCCGAGAUGGACCCCGGCGCCGAGAACCAGCAGGACAUCUGCGCGUCGGCGAUGAUCAUGGCCAAGGCGCUCAUCGCGAAGGAGAAGGAGCUCAUGAGGGAUAAGGACUACGACGGCCGGCUGCCGCAGAUCCCGCUGCACGAGGCGCGGGAGCUCGUCACGAACAACGAGUUUCUGAAAGCGCUCGACCACAUCAACAUCGUCACCAUCGACUCCCGCUCCAUGGUCCAGGCGGACUCCGUCGCGAUGCAGAACGCCUUCCGCGUUGUGUCGUCGCAGCCCGGGUUCGACGAGCAUCUCCAGGAGACGCUGGAUCGGCUGGAUGAGCUGGAGAGCUUGGCGAGGACGAGGGAGCUUACGGUGAAGGACGUGUGGGGGGGUAAGGGAUUGAGGGCGGUGGUGGAGAGUAAGAGUAAGAAGGGUGGGCAGGAGGACGUGGUGGUUACGAUUAAGGGGUUCUCGUCUGAGGGUGGGGGAUGAUUGAAAGAAGAAGGAAAUAGGUACCUAUGUUUGAAUGAUGUGUGGGUACAUGGCAUAGAAGCCUUUGGAUAGGACUGGAGGCUUGAGGGUCGCAAAAUGACAUCUCCUAUGCCACAUGCAAUCUAUAAAAUAGGCCAGUCUUGUGCCUUACUCAGUCUCAUGGCCUCUUUGACCUCCGGCUUUGCAGCUUCUAGCGCCCCCUAUGAUGCGAGACGUUUGCCUUCUGCAGCCACGACUAAGUCCGAUUACGAUCUUUAUGUUAAGGUCCACGAACAAUUCUUGUCGAUAACACAGUCGUCUAGCUUUUCAUCUCCUGCAAAUCUGUCGUAUACUAUCGGGCCUGUGUCGUCCGCAAUGGUGCAAAAGGGGGAAGACCUUGGAGGAAACCCGUGCGGCCUACCAAAAGUCGCACAAACAUGGAAG